AUGCCACCACCACUGGCCCCUCUGUCUCAUGCUACGCAUACCAAGAUCUGGAAUGAUCUCGAAUGGCUCGCCGUGCCAGCAGACGUCGAUGUCAACAACGCCCUUUCAUGUGCUGUAAAAGCUACCUCCGUUGGCGUAAACAGCGUCAUUGCCUCCGAGUAUUCGGUCUAUUCCUCGUCCACGGCCGCUGCCGCUGCUGCCGCCCAGUCGGCAGCCUCGGCAGCACUGAAGAUUUCUGGAGAUAUUGCUAUUGCCCUAUAA